AUGGAGCUCAACGCACACUCGCCAACCUGCGCACUUCACUCGAGUUCGAUGGCAAUCCGGAAACAGCAGGCCAAGCAGCGACAGUUCGAGCUUCUUCAACGCCACCAACAGAAGCAGCAGCGUCGGAAACUAGACCCCUAUGAGGCCGUCAGGGUUCAUCCCUCAAAGACCUUUCACCUCUACACAGGAUCUCGAUUUCAGGGGAAACAGCGAUCAGGGAGCCAUAGCUAUGAUGUCGUUGUCGAUAUCAAGCAUGUCGAUCUGAACGACUCCUUCCUGUGCGGGUACCUCCAUAUCAAGGGAUUGACCGAGGAAUACCCCGAGUUGACGACGUACUUUGAGGCAGAGAUCAUUGGGCCCAAGCAUUCGUUCUUCACCCGCAAAUGGGAUGCCGACGAACUAGUCGAUGAAGAGCAUUGGACGCUGUUCAGACCGUUUGAGUGCCUGUCGAGUUCAGUCUUUUGUGGACGGGACAAGCAUGUGGACAAGGGCGAGGGUCGGGCGUCAAAGUGCACCUACCGUCACCACUAUGACUCACAGACGUACGAUCAUAGGAGCGAGGAUGUUGUGUUUAUGCGGUGGAAGGAGCACUUUCUAGUACCUGACCACCAAGUGCAAGGAAUUACGGGAGCCAGCUUUGCGGGAUUCUACUACAUAUGUUAUAGCAAAGUGACGGGUCAUAUCAUCGGCUUUUAUUACCACCAUUCCAGCGAGAACCACGUUCUUGUUCCCACCCCUUCUCGCCAAAUGGCACACCAUCAUGCAUCACCUUACCAUGAUGUAGAGAACGUUCGCAUGAUUGCCUCGCCUCUCUUCAAGGUGCCUUCGCCUAUUUCACCGCCGUACGAUAUGCACCCAUUGCCCGAAGAUGUCAUUCAGCGACGAUAUCACGACUUCUCCUUGGAGCACAGGAUUGUUCAGGAGUACCAACGCAUCAUGGCGGAGGAAGCCGCGGCAAUUGAAGCAAGGGAGAGUGCCUACAAGCUGUAUGCCGAGGAACGACAGGCCCGCUUGAAACAGGAGCGCAUCACCAUGGCGCGAAAGAUUGCCCCUGGCUUUCUAGACAAUGACGACCGUCGCAUCCUAACUCCGACCAUGGCAACAGCGCAGGUGAAGGAGCAAACCACUUCCAGCGCCCAGGCAAUCACAUCCAAGUUCGCCGGCAAUCGAUUUGACUACAGUGAAUUCGAAACCAGAGAUUCUGCUGACGAAGGACCGAGCAAUCGCGGCAAGGAUGACGGAUCCACAGACAACGGUCAACCAUCGCCUCAGGGAGAGAGUCAGCGCGAAGAGAUCGUCUCUCCAACCCAAGAUGGAGCAGAAAGUGAGAGUAACGACGGAUCGGAGGAAGAGGUUAUCGUUCAGGCUGUUCCCCUGUCUGAAUUGACAGGAAUGCUGCGCGAUAGUUGUCUUGAAGAGGAGUCCUCCUCGUCUGCGCCCAGAACCUGGCAUGAGCGCGAUCCUGUCUCAGAGAAAUCGACAAUGCCUUCGUUCAAUACGACCAGACUGGACUAUAGAGAGUUUGAGCAAGGGCUUGGACCACCAGAUCCCUGGGAUACGCCUGUGGAUGACCUCACGGCACUCAAGGAUGUGAUCUCUCAGCAGAUGGGCCACAACAAUUCGACCAUGCAGCAGGAUAGCUCCAUUUCGUCGUCUCGUAACCAGCAAUCUCAACAUAUGCAGUCGCAGCAAUCGCAACACUCUCUUUCGCAGUCAGCAUACCCAUACCAGCAUCAGCACCAGCAGUACCACCAACCUACCGACCAUUCCGUCCUUGGCCAGUACCCUUACUCUGGAGCCAACCCUCCCCCAAGAGCUGCAUACAACUCUUCACCUGGCCCUGUCGCAUCCUUUGUGCCUCCAACAAAACUCACAGGCAUUGCACAACAACAGGCGGCCCUUCAGCACCACCAGCAGCAACACCGCCAUUCCACUGGCGGGAUUGGCGCUCACCCGACCACGGGCCUGACCCCUAGUCAACAACACGUUCGCUUUGGAAACGCCUCACCUUCUCCGCCACCUUUACCACCACCACCACGGGCCAUGACGACAUCCCCGUCUGUGCAUUCUUCGACGACAGCAGUGAUGUCGGGUGGCCCCACGGCAGGAGCAAAUAGGCCCCGGCUGCCAGCCCGUCCCAUUCGACCAAAUGACCCGGGCUCGACAGAUUCUCCCACGUCGGCCGGACUGGACCACGUCGCUGUCAUGGAUCGUUCAAUGACUCCUCCGAGGCCUCCUCUGCCUCCACCACCUCAUCCCCCAACACAAGGAACAUCAGUAUCGUCGGCCAUUGGAUCAGGAGGAAUUGGAGGCAGCACAGGUGGUGGCGUUGGCGGAGCCGCACCACCGGCACUCAAGCCACGCCCUCCAAAGGAUCACGAGAUGCUUCAUGGGAUACUUGGGUCUAACAAGAAGACGAUGGCGACGGGUAUGCAUGGAGGUUUCAAUGAGGCGGAAGGCCGGACUGGACAGGAUUUGGAUGAUUCGCAGCAACAGCAGCAAGUUGCGCCGGCUCCUCCUCAGGCCGAGUCGCUGAUCAGCCAACUUGCGAGCAUGGGCUUUACACGGGAGCAGAGCCGGAGUGCGCUUGAGAAGUACGACUAUGACCUUGAGAAGGCGACUAACCAUCUUCUUGACUGGGACGAGUAG